AGAAAAAAUGGCUUAGCACCAAAAGCUCGUAUGUAUCGUGGCAAGGAAUAACUUUUAAUUUAAAUGGCCUUCAGUGAUCUAUGUCACAUAGGUAAUACGUACAAAACCGUCGAAAAUGAAUCUGAUCAGUCGGAACGCAUUAUGGAGGAAAACUCGAUGGUCCGUGAUCUCAUCACAAAGAUUCUCGACGAGACAACACCUACAGAAGGAAGCAGCUCAAACCCGGUCCAGGAUAAAACGCUAAGCGGUCUACCUGGCCAGUACCCCAAAGCCGACACAAACACCUCAUACGUACCACCGUCAUACUACCAGAACCUAUACAACUAUGGCCAAAACGACCAGAACGGCUGUAACUAUUUACAAAACGGUUAUGGAGGCUCAAACUUCGUCAAUUACCCUGAAAGUGACGUCAGCACCUUACUGGGCAUCGACCCGUUCCCAGAAUCCAACUCUGACGUCACGCCAGAACAGCUCAACCUUCUCCGAUUAGCUGCCCAGGAGAUUGGCGGCGCCCAAUUCUCGAGUCCAAAGUACGACGACAAGUAUUACAACUUCUUCGAACCGAGCCAAAGAAACUCGCUACCUGACACGACAUACAUGAACAACUACAACCGACCGAACAGUUUGAAUUUGGAUUUGAACUAUGGCAGCUACGAAAACCCAUUUAAUAACCAGCGAUUCCCGAACAAAUUCGACGGUUACAAAGACCAGAGUCAGGAGGCAGAGUUGCUAAGCUAUUUGAACCAUUUGAACCUAUCGAUGGAUCGAUCGAGAGACGAAAAUCCGAUCCAAAAUAACAUGGAUUUCAAAAUGCCCAUGGACGGGCAUUACCAAGAAGACUUCAACAAAAUGCAGGAGAAAAUGUUUUACAAUCAAGGCUUCCAGCAACCCCCUCCAAAGAACUUCAUUGGGGACAAUUUCUACGAUAUGAUGUCUCAAAUGAACGAGCGAAGUCCGAUCCAGAACUUCGAAUAUCCGAACCAAAACACGCCGGUUUCGGGGGCCAACAAUUUGAAUUUUAAACCUAACGGCUUCCAUCAGAACGAUUUUAUGCAAAGACGUGACAUUAAUCAGAUGCCUCGAGAGAAUUAUCCAGUAAAUGGGUUGAAUGAGCAGAGAACGAAUUUUGAGAACGCUUUGGGCAAUAACCAGGCUUUGUUGAGGCAGAAUCAGGAAUUGGCCAGACAAAUGACCAUGUUGAUGAGGAAUCGACCUCCACCUAACCCUUUGAACGUGGAUGUCUCUUUCUUGCAUGAGAACACUCCUUUCAAUCUUGGUCUGGGCGCGUUGUUAGGGCCUAGUCCGCCCGUCCCGCCGCCAGUGUUGCCAUCGCCUAUGCUCGAUUUACCACUUUUGGCGCCGUUUUAUGCUAUGAGGAAUAUGAGAGGUGCAGCGUCAUCAUCGAGUAUCCUCCACGCUCGCCUCGACGCGUGCUACGAGCAAUGGCGUCAAUUGGAGCGCGAACGCAAGCGGACCGAGGCUAGGCUAGCCUUAGCUUACCCCGGCCGAGCUGUGUCGUCGUCCAACUCCAUACCUGUGCCGAGACUGCCUCCUUGCCCCACUAGAGUGGACAGACUCACUGUGGAUAUGCUGAGGGAACAUACUAAGUUAGACAGUAUGGCUAGGCUAGCCUUAGCUUACCCCGGCCGAGCUGUGUCGUCGUCCAACUCCAUACCUGUGCCGAGACUGCCUCCUUGCCCCACUAGAGUGGACAGACUCACUGUGGAUAUGCUGAGGGAACAUACUAAGGUAUUAACCCUAAUGGGCAAGAUGGAGACACUACGAGCGAGUGUGUGCGUAGCUCAAAACAAGAAGCCAGUUAAAUCCGAAGACGCGAAGAUCACGGUCCUGAAGCGAGGGCAGGAGAACGUAGCUCAUGAUAAGGAGAAGGACAGCGGCGUGGACCCGGCCACGUUCGACCCUAGCUCUUGGAAAGACGACGUCAAGAAUCUGGCUGAGAUCGCACCGCAUAGCGAGGUAGAAAGCGCUAUGCUAUCAUGGCGUAGUGCCGUGGGAGCAGUGCAAGCCGCGCGUCGUCGCGAAUUAUCGCCGCAUCACGCGCGAUACAUGCGUUCUGACCCGAUCCUCCAACUGGCAGAAGCUGUGAAGCAACUCGGCGUGUGCGCUCGGCGCGCGCGCUGCGCCAUGUGGUGCGACCUCACCCUCACCGUGGCGCUGGCGCCCGCGCCCGCCCGCCCGCACCGAGCCAAGAGUCCCUUGUUGUGUCGCCUCGUGCCUGCGAUCCUCCAACUAGCAGAAGCUGUGAAGCAACUCGGCGUGUGCGCUCGGCGCGCGCGCUGCGCCAUGUGGUGCGACCUCACCCUCACCGUGGCGCUGGCGCCCGCGCCCGCCCGCCCGCACCGAGCCAAGAGUCCCCGAUCAUGUCGCCUCGUCCCUGCGAUCCUCCAACUAGCAGAAGCUGUGAAGCAACUCGGCGUGUGCGCUCGGCGCGCGCGCUGCGCCAUGUGGUGCGACCUCACCCUCACCGUGGCGCUGGCGCCCGCGCCCGCCCGCCCGCGCCCGCCCGCCCGCACCGAGCCAAGGUCAGUGGCUUGA